GUGCAUCAUUCUUCGAAACCCAUACACAAUUUGCUGCAAGCCAAGAUGACCAAGAUUGGAACAUGGGGCGGAGAGGGUGGCAGUGAGUGCGAUAUCGACACAAAGUCCAGUGUGAUGCUUAGUGUGACCAUCCGUAGCGGAGAUACCAUUAACGCGAUCUCCUUCGUCUACCUGGGCAGCGAUGGUCGCGUCUACUCUGUGGGUCCGUGGGGUGGCACUGGCGGCAAGCAAGUCCAGAUAUUUUUUGACCCUACAAACUAUGUGGAGGAAAUCUCCGGGACCAUGGGUACAUAUGGUGGCAACGACGUCGUGCCGUCUCUUAAAAUUGUGCCCUACAAGGGGAAUCCCAACACAUUUGGCAUCGCUAAGGGAACUCCUUUCCGCAUCCCGGUGCUUGACGGGGGUAAGAUCGUUGGCUUCUUUGGACGCUCUAGCGACGUCCUUGACGCGAUUGGGUUAUACAUCAACAACUAAUCUCUCCACUCGACCGGAGGAGUGCCUACCGUACGCACUGGAAUAAAUAAACUUUCACUAAAGUGUCUUGCACGGCACUAUAGCGCAUGUACAUGUGCGCCAUGCAUGUUUUUUUACAUGUUAACGGAGGGCUUACGCUUGCGUGAACUUUAUUGGGAUCGUGUGCGCCAUGCAUGUUGACCUAGUAGAUCCACAUGUCACCGAAUGGCGCGGCAAGUUUGUGGUGUUGCAUUGUAAACACGCGCAGGUUUGAACGAAUAAAG